CAUCGAGCGGCGGCGCGCUCCUGCGUCUGUUGUGAUUCGGCUGAAGGAAGAUAAACUCCUGCUGAAGCAAAUGUAGGGAUGGCGUUUAUUAAACAGGAGAGUGAAGACAUCAGGAUUGCAGACGUGUUCACACUGAAACAGGAAGAUCCUGAGAGGACUGAAGAAACAUUCAGAGUCAAACAUGAAGAUCCUGAGCAGCAAACAGAGCUGACUGAACCGAAAGAGGAGACUGAAGUAAAGAAUGAAAUAGAAGAGAAAGACCAAUAUACGAGGCAUCUUGAUUUCAAUACUGAAGAACAAUCUUCAAGUAGCUCAGAAACUGAAAAGACUUCCUCACAGGAAAGAGCUCAAAAAAACAAAGGUGCAAAUUCUUUUACCUGCCAAGAGUGCGGGAGGAGUUUCAGUCAAUCUGGAACACUUAAAGUCCACAUGAGGAUUCACACUGGAGAGAAACCGUACUCCUGCCAGCAGUGUGGAAAGAGUUUCAGACAAUCGACAACACUAAAUGUCCACAUGAGGACUCACACCGGAGGGAAACCUUAUUCCUGCCAGCAGUGUGGAAAGAGUUUUAGUCAUAGAUUAAGCUUUACAAUGCACAUGAGAGUCCACACUGGUGAGAGGCCUUACCCUUGCUCUCAGUGUGACAAGAGUUUUAAUAGGAAUAGCGACCUUCAGCUCCACAUGAGAGUUCACACUGGAGAAAAGCCCUUCACCUGCCAACAGUGUGGUAAGGGUUUCACCCGAAAAGGAACCCUUAAAGACCACAUGACAAUUCACACUCAAGAGAAGCUUUUCACCUGCAAAACGUGUGGAAUAACUUUCACUCAAAAAGAAAUCUUCAAGAUACACAUUAUAAUUCACAAUAGCGAGAAGCCGUUCACCUGUAACCAGUGUGGAAAGAGUUUUGAUCAAGAAGAAAAGUUCAAACUUCAUAAGAGGUUCCACUCUGUAGAGAAACAUUUCCCGUGCUCUCACUGUGGGAAGAGUUUCAGGCAGAAACAACACUUCGAAGACCACAUGAGGAUUCACACUGGAGAGGAGGUCUACACGUGCCCUCACUGCGAGAGGAGUUUCAGUUACAAAUAUCGGCUUGAUGACCACAUAAGAAUUCACAACAGAGAAAAGCGGGAAUUCACCUGCGACCAAUGUGGGAAGAGUUUCAGCCAGAAAUCAGAACUUAACAGGCACAUGAGGGUUCACACCGGAGAGAAACCCUUUUCUUGUGGUCACUGUGGAAAGAGUUUCAAACAUAAUUCAGGGCUUAAAUACCACAUGAACUCCCACAAAUUUACGCAUUAGAUCAGUAGAUGGAGAAAGUGGUGUUUGUGGCUGUUUAAAUGCAUGUGUUUUUAACUACCUCUGAAAGUGGUCAAAUGUGGACAAGUUUAAACAUUCUAGCCCUAAUUAUACCUGUAUCUAGAGUAGUCAACUUGCAUUCCCUGCAUGUGUAAUAUAAUAUAAUAUAGUAUAUGGUUAAUAUAUUAAUAUAUGUUGCACACUUUCCUUUCCAUAACAAAAUAAAUAUCAGUAUUUGUGAAGUCCUCAAUUCGGCAUUCCAGUCAUGUCAAGAGAAGUCCUCCACCCCUAUUCCUCCUUCCUUUAUAGACAGCGCGGCACAGCGGCCCUCACAGCAAGAACGUGGUUCAAGUCCUUACCAGGCCAGCUGACGUUUCUGUGCGGAGUUUACACUGAGUUUCCUCCCACAGUCCAAAGACAUGCGACAUAGAUGAACUGAACAAACCAAAUUGGCACUAUGGACGAGCUCUAGCCAGCAGUAGUCUUCAGCAGUAUAGUUCUUGAGAUCUACCCGAGCUCAAACUCCCCUCUCACCCUUCAAACAGGAGGUAGCUCCAGGCUCGAGGAUCUUUUGAUAUUCUUAGAAACUGUGCAUCUGUGCUGAAUGGAGCUGCUUAGGGAUGUACAAGACUCUCAUGCAAUUCAAAUAAUAGAAUGGUAAUCAGGUUUUCUGAUGAUAAAGAGGUUAAUCUGGGUGGUCCUUGGCUGGAAUUUGUAUGGUCAACAAUAUUUAAGGGGAAAAGGGAGUGUUCUUAACUUGACUCUUGAUUCCCAAGGUAUACACACUUACUGAUGUUUCAGGUUGUGAUUGGUGUUCAUGCACCAGCUGAAAGGUUUGCUAGAAUUUUACAGCGGGAAUGUCAUACUAAUUGUUUUAAAAAUGUAUUUAAUUGAGGAUUAAGUGUUCAGGAUGUCCCUUGAUGCCUUUGAAAAAUAAAUAAUAA